CGACUGCGCAGUUGGUCCGUUUCUGUUUCCGUCUCGCCCUGCGCUGGCUCGGACCUGGCUGCUUUGGCGGCCAUCACCCAGCAGCAGCUCCCUCUGUCAGACUCUCGCCCCCCUCAGCCAUGGGAAAACCUCAGAAGGCCAAGGCCUCGUCUGGAUCGCCUUCAGAUCACGAGUCGCAGAUCCUGGGCUAUCUCCGGAAACAGAAUCGCCCCUAUAGCGCCGUCGAUGUCUUCAACAACCUCAAGGGCGAGAUCGGCAAGGCCGUGGUCACCAAGAUCCUGACGCAGAUGCAAGAGGAGCAAACAAUCCACGGCAAGCUAUACGGGAAACAAUGGGUCUAUGCCGCAAAGCAGGAUGAAGGAGAAGCACCUUCGACCGAAAUCCUUGCUGAUAUGGAUAUGAAGAUUGUCCAACUGCGGGACCAAAUCGUCACUCUAAAAACAUAUAACAAGCAAGCGCAAGCAACCCUGAGCGGCUUGACUUCGUCCUUGACCAGCGCCGAGAUGAAGACCCGACUGGCGACCCUCAAAUCCGAGAACGAAGGCUACCUCAAGCGGCUCGAGUCUCUCCGUGGAGGCAGCGACCGCAUCACCGAUGCCGAGAGAAAGAAGAUCGUCAACAACUAUGAGAAGAUGAAGGGCAUGUGGAAGAAGCGCAAGCGAAAGUUCAAGGACAUUUGGAGCGCCAUGACCGAGAACAUGCCUGGCAAGCCGUCGGAGCUCAUGGAGGAGCUUGGCAUCGAAACAGACGAAAUGGCGGGAAUGGACGUCAACGCCGACCCGUUCUCAAAGUGAUCUUGUACUUGCACCUUUGUGGCUGGCUGCCACGCACUGCAGAUGCAGCAAUACAUCAUGCUCGGCGCUGUCUGCGAGCGCCUCGAUCACCAUGGG